GAUUCCUGAACAUGUUUGUGCAUUAGGUUUUCUUUUAAUGUAAACUGUGAAUGUCAGUGGUGUAGGGGGCUAACACAGUCUGGAGACUAUUGGGUCUUAGAUUGAGUCUGUGAUUUUCUUGAAUGGGAAUUCCUAAUCUGGAUGGUGGGGUUUGUGGAGAGGAAUAGAGAAGAAAUUUUAUAUUUUCAGAAAAAGGGAAGAGGUAUAAAAGGCUACUAUAAUCUAUUUCUCAGUAGCUAUAGCCCGGUCACUGUUCAUUUCAGUGUUUAAUUUUUGCUGCAGGUAGAAUAAUUAAUUGCAACCUCCUUUGGAAUUAGCUGUUUCUUUAACCCUCAAACUUUGUUACUCAUUUGAUUUGUACCUACAUCAACUUGUUUACAACUGAAUGUCAUGCGGUUCUGAUUUGCCCACCUUCUGUUUUAGGAAUCGCUGAUCGGGCUUCUGAAACUGGCUUCUCAACCUCACCGGCAGAUGUGCCCCCUAGCAAAUCACCAUCGAUGCCCUCACUAAACCAGACGUGGCCAGAACUGAACCAGGGCAGUGAGCAGUGGGAGACUUUUAGUGAACGCUCCUCAAGCUCGCAAACUCUGACCCAGUUUGAUUCUAACAUUGCACCAGCUGAUCCUGACACAGCUAUUGUUCACCCUGUGCCAAUCCGCAUGACUCCAAGUAAAAUUCACAUGCAAGAGAUGGAGCUGAAAAGAAUUGGAAGUGAACUAACACACCCAACUAGCCCUUUGCUUACAAACUCUCCUGAGCUUUCAGAAGAAGUUAAGUUAGCCACCACUGUAAAAUUUGUUGCAGGAAACACUGUAGCUGACGGGUACAGCAGUUCAGAUUCGUUUGUUUCAGAGUCUGAUCAGAUCGGAAACAGCAUAACUCGGCAGCGCUCACAUUCAGGCACUUCGCCAGACAAUACUCUCAAGACUGCUGCACCCCCUCCACCACCUCCAAGACCCCAGCCUUCGCAUUCAAGAUCGUCAUCUCUAGAUAUGAACAAAACGUUUUCUGCCAGCAACACAGGACAACCGCAAGCAGGAAUUGUUGCCUGUCCCCCUGCAGUGCCUCCAAGACCUCAGCCCACACAGGUCACUGUGCCUCCAAUACAUCGCCCAGCAGAGGCUGAUAGCCAUGCAGUACGUGCCAGCACCUCACCUCAUCAGAUUCCAGAGCAGCCCAAUUUUGCCGAUUUCCGGCAAUUUGAAGCAUUCGUGUCCAAGGGUACAGAGCAGCAAAUGGAUGACUCGGGCAAGCUUCCUGAAACUGUUCCGGCUGAAAAACCUUCAGAUUCAGCAGGGACCCUCAGAACAGCAAAACUAGAUGGUUCUAGUGACGAAAAGCCAACUGGAAACACAGUUAAAAGUACAUCAUCUCUUGUCCCCCCUCCAAAGCCUAUCCGCAGGAGAUUGAAAUCUGAUGAUGAGCUUCGUGCAGAACCAGAGGAACAUACCCCAAAAACUAGUGUAAUUAAUACUGUGCUAGUUGCACAGUCAUCAAUUCCAAGGUAGAUAUAGUUCUAUUUAAUUCCCUUACCCACCCAGAUUGCUCCUGUGAUCUGUCAGUAUAAUAUAUUAGAUCUAAGGAGACGUUGAAGCAAUUGACUGUUCAUUUUGGCUCAUUAGGCUGUCUGCUUUCUUGGAUAAUCUUGAUAUUUAGUUGACGUCCAGCCUCUAACCUCUACUCCACCCCUCCAAAUAGGAAGUGGCAGAUCUCUGCUUGGCACUUGUUCAGUAGAUUUGGGCUUCCAAUGUUUUAAUGAUAUGAGGCAGACAAGCAUUUUGUCUGUUUUCACAACUGGAUUUUCUGGAACAUUUUUGCCAGAGGCUACAGUGAGGGCCAGCGGGGUGGGGGCAUUUGACAUGAAUCAAGGCUGACCAUUCUUGCUGUUUAUUUUCCACUGGAGUGUAGGAGGUUGAUGACCUUGUAA